CCCAUCCCCAGCGAAGAAACAUCCCGUCGCUACCAAGCCUAUUUCCCAAACUCCUGUGCCAUUGCCGAUCAUGCGCACCGCUCCAGCACCUCCCGCUCGACCAAUGCCCCCUCAGACUGGCCAGUCACAGGUCAAGCCUAUCGGCAUUAUUCCUUGUUCUGAACACAUGGUGACUGGGUCUGAACAUACUUCAGCUCAAAGUAUGGAUGGUCUUGGUGGCAUUGAUCUUGGUCGUGGUCGAGAGUCCACGGGUAGUGUCAUUGAUGCCUACAAGGUCGUCAACGAAUCAGACUCAAGUUUGACGCGUCCCAGCACCGCAUCCUCCUCGGCUCAAUCAUAUGAUGAAUCAGGUCACAACGUUCUGAGCUCUCAUACCUCACACACGGUCGCUCGUUCUGCACAUCUUACAAAUUCCAGUGUCCUUGCCCAAGCCUUCAAAGUUCUUGCUGAGGUCAAGCAGCUCCCACAUGCGCAACAAGGAGGUACCUACCAGAAGAUUUCUCAAGCAUUGGAAAUUAUUCGCGUGCCGUCAGAAGACGUCACGGUGGCUCUUCCAAAUCAUCAACAAAUCGUCCCCGCGGCUGACCAUUGGGAGGUUGCACCGGGCCACCUAGCUCGACAAGACCUGAGCCAUGCAAUUGGCACUUUGCCGCCGGUCGCAUUCUCUACCUUCCUCCUUCGACGGGAAGUGGUCAACUUUGACCAGGCCCAGCACAUCAGCAGUGGACAGAAAGUCCUCAAUAAGCAUGUACCACCAUCCGCCUGUGUCAGGAUGUGUGAGUCGAAGGCGGAUUGGACGUGCGUUCUAUCAGUCCUGCAAGGUGUCAUCAACGUGAAAACCCCAGGGUUGAAUGCCAACAUUGGACAGGGUGGAGUGGUCCUUGUGACUCUAGGCCUGGAAUCCUUGUUCACAAACACCACAGAUCAGGAGGCCAAAAUUCAAUUUUGGUGGACCAAGGCAGAUUAGAAACGCCUGGCCUUCGCGGUUUGCCUGCUUGCAAGGAUAUUCGACAAGCACCCAACGAUAUCAAACAUAUUUGAUGUUUUUGUGACGCAGGGUGAGCGUGAGGAAGACGUUGUUCGUAGACCGCUCGUCUGGCCGGGAGAGACGAUGAGAUGCAAUGGCAGGAACGUGGAGAGCGUGCGCUUUGGAAUCCCAGCUUGUGUCCAUGGAAACAACGGGGGCGUCGUGAGUCACGAUUCAUUUCACAAUUGACAGACUUGACAUAGCCCAGUUCACGAUGCUCUCAAUUGAUAUCUUUUAGG